AUGACCGUAGGAAAGAAAAGAUACGAACUGGCCUGUUAUAAGAAUAAACUGCUUGAGUAUCGCUCUGGGGCUGAAACGGACCUGGACAACGUCCUCCAGAUCCCCACCGUAUUCCUCUCAGUAUCUCGUGGCCACACUGCCCCAACAGCCGAGCUGGCCAAGUCGUUUGGCAAAGAUUACAAGACCGAGGAUGUCAUUCAGGAGAUCUUGCGCAAGGGUGAGGUACAGGUGGGCGAAAAGGAGCGUCGGGACAUACUCGAUCGGGUCGAGAAGGAAGUGCUAGAGAUCGUUUCUGCCCGACUUGUCGACCCAGUGUCGAAACGCGUUUACACCACGGGGAUGAUAGGCAAAGCAUUGGACCAGCUAAGUGCGGCCAGCGGAAAGGAGCAACAGCAGCAGCAGCAGCAGCAGCAUGAAAGUAGUCCCCGGCCGACCAACGAGGGGGAGGAAGGUGAUGAAGAGGAGAUGGCGAAGAAGGCAGCAGGUCUGACGCUCACACCACGGAAACCUCUCUGGACGGGUGUGACGACCUCAAAGUCAGCGAAGAUCCAAGCUCUCGAUGCAAUGAAGGCCCUGAUCGCUUGGCAGCCUAUACCAGUGAUGCGAGCCAGGAUGCGCCUUCGUAUCACCUGUCCUACGUCCAUACUGAAACAACUCACCCGAUCAGCGGUGUCAUCGGCCGCCCCGUCUAGCAACACAGGCAGCGCGCCAUCGUCCUCAUCCUCGUCUUCAAAGAAGGACAAAGGCAAGGGCAGGAAAGGUAAGAAGGCUGCUGAGGACGAGGAAGAAGACACCGAAGACCCGAGUAAGCCUGCUGCCGGGUCUACCGGAGCUGCGACGGGGACGGUCAAGGACCGGAUCCUCAGCUACCUGGAACAGAUCGAGUCGCAGGAGGUGAUAGGCGGCGACGAGUGGGAAGUCCUGGGCUUCGCAGAGCCGGGGGCCUUUAAGGGACUGGGUGAGUUCAUCGGCGGAGAGACCAAGGGGAAGGGCAGAGUCGAAGUCAUGGACAUGGCCGUCACCCAUGAGGAGUAG